CGGGAUGAUCCACCUGACGAGCACGAGACGAGACGUCACCAGGUGACACGAGUCCAGAUCUGACUAGACUGUCUGUAUGUAGAUGAAACUACAGACUGUCUGUAGUUAGAUUUAACCGCGGACUGUAGAUAGCAGCUGAACGAACGACGGAAGCCUUCCUCCUCCUCCUCCUCUUCCUCCUCUUCCUCGCUCAGGUGUUUAAAGUCUCAUGGAUCCUGCAGGUGGUCAGCGUGGGCGUGACGCUCCGAGGCGUUCCCCUCUCGACAUCAUCAUGAGCCAGAUACGCCGGAAGCGCACGGCCUCCGACAGGAAGCCGCUCGGACGCUUCCUGUCCCGGACGUCGGAGCGGACGGGGGGGAUUCCUGAGGACGGGGAGUCGGGGGGGCGGGAGGAGAGAGCACCGAGCUCAGGAGCAGAAGAGGACGAGCGAGACGUCAGCUGGGGUCGAGUGUGUGUUUUCCUGCAGAGGCUCGGGAAGAAGGCCGACAGCAGGAGCCUCAGUCUGGCUCACUGUGAUGUGACCGCUACAGACCUGCUGGAGCUAGCCACGUUGCUCCAGUUCCUGCCUCAGCUGGAGGAGAUGGACGUUUCCUGGAACGAGCUGAUUGGUGGAAGUCUGCAGGCGCUGACCUCUCACCUCCAUCUUGUGGGCGGGGCCAGGACGCUGAGGCUGUGCGGCUGCAGGCUGAACGCUGAUGAUGUCACUGCACUGGGUGAAGCCCUCGGCUGCGUCCCACACCUGGAGAUCCUGGAUCUGUCCUGGAACGGAGGGGUGGGAGGCGGAGGGUUGCAAGGCCUCCUGGGUAAAGUCCCCCCCCCACUGAGGGAGCUCCGCCUGGUUUCCUGUCAGCUCUCUGCAGCUGAUGCUUCGGCUCUGGGGGGGGUUCUGUCCUCUCUGCCCAGACUCUCGGUGCUGGACGUCUCCUGUAACCCUCGUCUCUCGCAGGGCGGCGGCGGGGGCGGCGGCUUCAGCGACCUGGCCGCCGCCCUCUGCCACGCCCCCUCCCUCACCACACUUGGACUGCAGGCCUGCGGUCUGUCCUCCAGCUGCCUGGACGCUCUGGGUGGUUCGCUCCGCCAGCUCCCCUCCGUGCGCGAGAUGGACCUGUCCUGUAACAAGGGACUCUCUGGAGGACUGCACCCCCUCACCGUCCACCUGGCUCACCUCCCACGCCUGGAGAGCCUGGACCUUCACCUGUGCUGUCUCACACACACUGACCUGGAGGCCCUCAUCCAGGUGCUCCCCUCUCUGACGGCGCUCACAGAGCUCAACGUGUCGUCCAAUCAGGAGGCAGGAGCUGUCGUUCACGCGCUGGUCUCCGCCCUCCCUCUGACGCAGAUGAAGCGUCUGCCGCUGAACAGCUGCCGCCUCAGUGAGGAGUCCUUCACCGCUCUGGCCCUGGCUGUGCCCUUCCUCCACACUGUGGAUGUGUCCUGGUGCAAAGCGGUGGGGGGUCGCGUGGCUCUUCUCCUGGACGCUCUGCAGCCGGCGCUCGUCCAGGAGCUUCGUCUCAGCAGCUGUGAGCUCUCCACCGAGGACCUGCAGCACUUAGCCGUGGUCUGCAGACGUGGUUGUAUGUCGUCUCUACUGGUUCUGGAUCUGUCCUACAACGGUUCGGUGGGCUCCGCCGGCUGGUCCGCCCUGUUCGAGGCCGGAGGCCUGGGCUCGCUGGAGGACGUCGACCUCAGCCUGCGACCUUCGACCUCGGCCUCCUGCUCGGCCUGGCUGCCGGCGCUGCUCUGUGCUCUGCCUCGCCUGCCGGCGCUGACCCGGCUGGCCAUGCAGCGCUGGACCAUGAGCUCCCGGGAGCGACAGCAGCUGAGCCACAGCGCCAGGAAACGGAACGUCCUGCUGGAGCUGGAUCCAGACUCUAGAGACACAGCUUCAUCAGGUCAGACGACCAAUCAGGAGAGUCCAGAGGAGUAGGCACCUUGGAGGGAAUCCAGCUAAUCUGAUCUCGUUUAGCUGGAUUAUCAAACAUGGAAGAUUUAACAGCAUUAAAGUAAAUAUCAUAAAUAUAAACUAACUUUGUGAUCCCAACAGAUUAUUCUUACAACACAGAGAAAUGUGGAUCUGAUGCUUUUGUCUUCUCAGGUCUGGAAAAUACUACAAAUCAUUUUCAGGUGUUUUUCCUUUAGAAACUUUUUAGAAACUUUCUUGGCAAAGUUAGAAUCCACAGCUUCGGCUGAACUGACAGAUACAGAGACUACAAAUCAAAGUGUUGGUCAAAUGUUUCAUUGACAAGAAGUCGUCCUUAAAGUACUGAGUUAGUAUUCAGUGUAUGACAGCUGUGGAGGAACAACCUCGAACAUUUAAUUGGUUCAUCACUUCCUCCUGGUCGACUGCUCACGUCAUCGAUCACACGUCCUCUGCUUCCUACGAGCUUUAAUCAGUAUUUAAGUGUAAUUGGUUUGGAAUCAUUCAAUUGAACAACACAUAGGAUUUUAGGUCAGUAUGUUUGAUUGACAGUCGGUGCUGAAGUUCAUAGAUGAAUUUUUGGAAACUUGAACUUUUAGCACAAUGUACUUUUACGAGUUGAUUCUGUGCAUUAAAGAUUAAACUGUAAACAUGAA